AUGUCUGCUCCCGCACAGAAUUACAAAGUCGCUGAUAUUUCUCUUGCCGCUUUUGGCCGCAAGGAAAUCGAGCUCGCCGAGAACGAGAUGCCUGGUCUGAUGGAGACUCGUCGUAAGUACGCUGCCGUCCAGCCCCUCAAGGGAGCUCGGAUUGCCGGAUGCUUGCACAUGACCAUUCAGACCGCUGUUCUCAUUGAGACUCUCGUUGCUUUGGGUGCCGAGGUUACCUGGUCUUCCUGCAACAUUUUCUCCACCCAGGACCACGCUGCCGCCGCUAUUGCCGCUGCUGGCGUUCCUGUUUUCGCCUGGAAGGGCGAGACCGAGGAGGAGUACGUCUGGUGCAUUGAGCAGCAGCUCAAGUCUUUCAAGGACGGCAAGAAGCUCAACCUCAUUCUUGACGACGGUGGAGACUUGACCACUCUUGUCCACGAGAAGUACCCCGAGAUGCUUGAGGACUGUUACGGUCUGUCUGAGGAGACCACCACUGGUGUCCACCACCUCUACAAGAUGGUCAAGGACGGCAAGCUCAAGGUCCCUGCCAUCAACGUUAACGACAGUGUCACCAAGUCCAAGUUCGACAACUUGUACGGCUGCCGCGAGUCUCUUAUUGACGGUAUUAAGCGUGCCACCGAUGUCAUGAUUGCCGGUAAGACCGCUGUUGUUGCUGGUUACGGUGACGUCGGCAAGGGCUGCGCUAUGGCCUUGCAGGGCAUGGGUGCCCGUGUGCUGGUCACUGAGAUCGACCCCAUCAACGCCCUGCAGGCUGCUGUCUCUGGUUACCAGGUUGUCACCAUGGACGAGGCUGCCAAGGUUGGUCAGAUCUUUGUUACCACCACCGGCUGCCGUGACAUUAUCGUUGGCAAGCACUUUGAGUCCAUGCCCAACGACGCCAUUGUCUGCAACAUCGGCCACUUCGAUAUCGAGAUCGACGUCGCAUGGCUCAAGGCUAACGCCAAGUCCCACGACGAGAUCAAGCCCCAGGUCGACCGCUUCUUGCUGAACAACGGCCGCCACAUCAUUCUGCUUGCUGAGGGCCGCCUUGUCAACUUGGGUUGCGCCACUGGCCACUCUUCUUUCGUCAUGUCCUGCUCUUUCACCAACCAGGUCCUUGCUCAGAUUGCUCUUUUCAAUGCCAAGAACACCGAGUUCCGCACCAAGUUCGUUGAGUUCGAGAAGUCUGGUCCUUUCGACAUCUCCGUCCACACCCUGCCCAAGGUGCUCGAUGAGCAGGUUGCUCGUCUCCACCUGAGCCACCUCGGUGUCCAGCUCACUCAGCUCAGCAGCAAGCAGGCCGACUACCUUGGCCUGGACAUUGCUGGUCCUUACAAGGCUGAUCACUACCGCUACUAA